AUGUUCUUUUCAUACACUGUCUUGCAGUUUGUCAACUUCACGAAAAUAAUGUCCAAGAACACAGAUAUUGCAAAGAAGGAAGCAGCCUUUGCGCUUUCUGCACUCAUGGAAAUUCCACUCCAAUAUAGAGCCACCCAAAGGAUAUAUGACAUAGAUAAAAAUACAGUAGGUCCACGGACAAGGCCACUUCCUCCUCCACGAGAAGUGAUAGAUCAUGAUAAUUCUGUUCAAUCAUUCCCACACAUGACGAGCUUCGAAUCAGUCCCACGCAUGAUGAGCUUUGAGUCAGUUGACCAAACAGCACCAGUGGAACAGGUCUGCCCCAUUUGCUUGACAAAUCCAAAGGAUAUGGCUUUCGGAUGCGGUCAUUUGACUUGCAAGGAUUGUGGUGUGACCAUUUCAUCAUGCCCUUUGUGCCGGGAGCCCAUAACGACGCGACUAAGACUGUAUGCUUGA